CUUGUUUAAACGACUUGCAUACAAGACCUCGCGAUUAAAUAAAAAGCAUCAAAUCACCAAAUCGCGCCGCGACAUCCAACAUCGUCAUCCAUUCCUCUUAGCUUAGGCACCUUUCUUUGCUCUACAGGCGGGCGACGUCGCGACGGGAAGUCCAUGAAACAGUCCUAGCAGCAGGCUGGUGAGAGCCGAGACCCGUAACGCUGCUCUCGUUGCCCGCAAGCCUCUCCGUCUUCGGGUAUCGUCGUAGUAGUCCUAGGAGUAUGUUGGGAUAGCUGGCCGCCGAUAUUCCCACCUAUCGACGUUAACACGCCCAACCCUGAUUAACUAGAUUAAUACAAACUACCUUUCCCUCUCUCUCCCAUCCCUGCUCCCAUCUCACACCAUCCUCCCAGGAACAUACGCGGCUGCGCCAAUGCCUCCGCGGAAGCAGACCCCCAAGAAGGCCGCCGCGCCGAAGAAGCCUCCGGAGACGAAGGAGGACUUUGAGGAGGAGCUCAAGUUGAUGGCUAGCCAGGCCACGGACGAGACCUGGGUGCGCUGGACCACGCACCAGGCUGUUGUCUAUGGCAAGGCCGCUGCCCUCGUCGUGCUCAUGGCCGUCUAUGCCAAUGUCUCUCAGUUAACCCUGUCGCCCGUCUACGGCCAGAUCGCCGCCGCACGCCUGCACCAGCGCGUCAUAUGGUCCGCCCUGUUCGUCGGUUGGGGAGGCAACCUCGCCCUGCGCCGUCUGCUCCCUUUCGCUACCAUCAAGCUGCUACCCCUGGUCGCUGCCUAUGUUCCGAUGGCCCAAUUCUUCCUCUUUCAAGUCAGUGGGUACUUCGGCGCUGAGACUGGCCCGGCUAUCACCGAGGCCCUCACCCUGGCCCCACUCGUCGCUCUCAGCACUGCCUGUGUCGCCGAUAUCCUCGAGGCUGCUGACCUUAGCGCCCUGCCCAAGUCCAUCGCCGGCUCCGUGCCGGGUCUCAGCUCGUACGGGCUCUUUAAGCUCGCCGAGAUGGACUCCGCCCGGCAAAUGUCCGAGCAGAUCGGCCGUUCCGUGCUGCAGACUCGUGUCGGACUAGAGCUGGUGCUGGCUGCGACGUACGCCAUAAUGGCACGCUCGAAGCUCCUGGUCUGGACGCUCCCCGCGGUUUUACACGCCGCCUUCUUCAACACCCACCUCAUCACCCCUAUGGCCACUAACUCUCUGAAUGCCACCCUCAAUGCUAGUGGAUGGUCGUUGAUCGAUCGGUGGGAGUCGACGACCGGCUACAUCUCUGUUCUUGACAGCCACAAGGACGGUUUUCGAGUCCUGCGGUGCGAUCACAGCCUCCUUGGCGGUGAGUGGACCAAGUUUGAACGGAAGAUCGUAGCGGAACCUAUCUACAGCGUCUUCACCCAGCUCGAGGCCAUACGUCUCGUGAAAGUCCCCGGCAAGGUCCCCGACAACAAGGCGAAGGCCCUCAACAUUGGCCUCGGCAUCGGUACCACGCCGUCGGCACUGAUAGCUCACGGCAUCGACACGACGAUCGUCGAAAUCGACCCAGUUGUCUACGACUUCGCCAAAAAGUACUUCGGGCUACCAGCGAACCACACGGCCGUGAUCGACGAUGCCGUCUCCUGGAGUAAUGCCGCGCGUGAUGAGCUGCGCGAGUACUUUGACUACAUCGUUCACGAUGUCUUCACCGGCGGCGCUGAGCCCAUACCCCUAUUCACCCAAGAGUUUCUGACUUCUCUGCGCGACAUGCUGAAGCCCAACGGCGUCAUAGCCAUAAACUAUGCCGGCGACUUUACCCUCCCACCGCUUGGCAUCGCUAUCCGCACUAUCAAGUCCGUCUUCCCAUCGUGCCGCGUGUUCCGGGAGAACGAGGCACCAACGCCUGACGCUGUCGCCCAGGCGGGACGGGACUUCGACAACGUAAUCGUGUUCUGCACUAACGCGGACCCUUUCACUGUCGCCGGCGCCAUCUCUUUCCGCUCGCCCGUCGAGGCCGAUUAUCUCGGCAGCCUUGCGCGCCGCUCGUUUCUAGUGCCCAAGCACGAAGUUCCCGAGUCGGUAUUCGCUGUUGCCACCAAGGGAAAGGAGAAGCUGGGCGAGGAGGGAGAAGAGGCAGACGCGAACAAUGGAGAAGAAGACGGUAUCCUCCGCGCCAACGAGACGGAGAAGCUGGCGAAGUGGCACGACCGCAGCGCGCUGGGCCACUGGGCCGUCAUGCGGUUUGUGCUGCCGAGUGAGAUAUGGCAGAACUGGUGAGUCCUCUCGCUCCAGCUGGUGAGCGAGUGGGUGGUUACAUUAGUCGGCGGUUUCGGCUGUACCUAAUGGAGCCUUUGAGUGUGCAGGUAAGCCGGGAAGCUUUCGAACAGGCAUACUUGCCCGUCGUGUACAUAAGUUAAAAGUUGUAGAGGGCAACUUUGGAUUAUGGACAUUCCCUUUUGGACAUAUACUACUUUCAGAUCUACCUAGCGUUCACAAAUUUUUCGUUGUCUUGACUGUCUCAGCGCAGGUUUAAACUAACUGAACACACUCCCCCGUCUCCCAGAAAACUGAUCCUUUUCUUUCUUACUUAGCUACAGAUCCACUGCAGUCUCACUAACUUCGUCGGCACUCGAACCGGCAUCUCACGUCCCUCAUCCCCCGGCAUCCCACUCCGGCCUCCGCACCGGGCGCCAGCGAACACCACUAUAAACCGAGCACCCGCCAUCUCCUUGCCCACCCUUGCCCCGAUGCCGCCUCGACUCCUCACUCCUCCUCCUCCUCUUGUCCAGCGCCCUUCCCGUACGCCCACCCCUCACCCUCCCUCGCAGCGGCAGCGGCGCCCUCGGCCGCCGCGCGGUUGAACUCGGCGCGGUACUCAUCGAGGUAGGCGGGGACGGCGGGG